AUGGGUCGCGCAGCGCAAACCAUAUCACUUGCCCUGCUAGUUACAUCGGCUUACCUCCUCCUCGCUCUCCCCCUAUUGACCGAAGACUCGCCAAUCCCAUCGAUUCUCCCGACCAAGAUCCAAGUGGAAAUCAUCCCCGUCCUGCCCUUCUGGGCCAUCAUCUCGCUGGGCGCGUAUCUAUUGGGCCGAUUGGGGCUGGGUGUCUUGCGAUUCAACGACACCGAGGACGCGUACAGAGAACUCAUGGGUCAGAUCGAGCAGGCCAAGAAGAACUUGGACAAGAGGGAUGUGCCGUGGAAUUAG